UUACCCUUAACAUUACUCACAGCCGCCCAGGGCAAGCCAAUGCUCGUGGAGCUCAAGAACGGCGUAACGUUUAACGGCCAUUUGGUGGAAUGCGACAACUUUAUGAAUGUGACGCUGCGGGAAGUGUAUCAGACCAGUGCGGACGGAGAGCGGUUCUGGAAGAUGAAGGAGAUGUUCAUCAAGGGGAACAUUAUAAAGUACUUUAGAAUAGCGGAUGCGAUCCUCGAUCAGGCGGCAGAAGAACAAGAGAAGCAACGGGCGCAGAUCAGGUCAAGGGGCGGAUCAAGAGGUCAGCUCAGCGCUGGAGGA